AUGGAGAAAAUACCUUGGAUAGAGAAGUAUAGGCCGAGGAGAUACACAGACUUAGUUUUCAGUGAUGACAUUCACCACAAAGCAUUGGAAUGGAUGCGGGAGUAUCCGAAGCAUGGAAGGAUGCUCUUACUGAGCGGGCCUUCUGGGAUUGGCAAGACGUCUCUUGUUUAUGUUCUUGCAAACAUUUUUGGACUGAAUGUUGUUGAGUUGAAUGCAAGUGCAAGCAUGGAGUGGAUUGACAAAGCAUUGGGGAUGAGCGGAACGAUCAAUGGCAAGAGGAAUCUUGUUUUGGUGGAGGAUGUGGAAGCUGGUGCUAUGGAGAGUGUGGAAAGGCUUGUCUCAUUGGUGAGUGCUUCGCAUCCAAUAGUUGUGACGUCUAAUGAUGCAUGCCUGAAGGGAGUAUACACUGUGAAUGUAAAGAAGCCUGGGAUUGAUGAAGUGAAGAAGGCAAUGGAGAAGGUCUGUGAUGGAGAAGGGAUUCUGGUUGAUGGCAGUGUUUUUGAAAUGAUGAUGGAAGACAGUGGAGGAGACUUGCGAGCAAUAACAAACCAUAUACAGAUAUGCGGAAGGAAAAUGAUGACGAAGACGAGCUACAUGAGCAUCAAGAAGAGUAUGUGCUUGCAUCCGUACAAGAUUGCGGAGAAUGUGUUGUCUGGAAGGCUGAGGUGGCAGGACUAUGAGGAGAGUUAUUCUGAGUGUUUGAUGGGAGUGUGUCACAGCUCGUAUCCGUACAAUACAAGUGUUCUUGGUGUGAUUGCAGAUAUUUGUGGGGAUGUAUCUGUUGCAGAUGUGCUUCCCGAGGGAUUAAGGCAUUUAUGCAUGCCAGGAUAUGCAAGAUGCUGCAGCAGGAAUGCAGAGAUAGUAAAGCCUGAAUGGUGUAAGGAUCCCAAGCCAAGCGUUAUUGAUGAGAUGGUUAUGCCGUAUUUUGCGAGGUAUGAGCUGAACAACCUAAGCGGUAGAAGGAUGCAGCAUGCCAAAGCAAUAGCAAAGAUGUAUAAUGUGAAGGAUCUGAGGAUUAGAGACGCUGAAGCGAUGGCUGUGGGUAAAAACGAACGGAAUGGAAGGUUCAGAUUCCGUUACAAAAGUGGGAGUUCGUCUGCAGUAAAACGAGAUAUUACUGUGUGUGAGCUGAUGGAAUGCUGA